UUUACUUCCGGGAGGACGAUCAUUUUUCAACAUCUUCAUAUUUUAAUAGGUUGCAGUAAAAAGCGUGGCAAGUGUACUUAAUUUUAGGUAAUAUAGCUUUUGCAAUCACCAGAAAACAGGACAACCAACUGUAUCCCGGAGUUUUGAUUAACGAAUAUGGCAUAGAAUUGCAGUAUGCCGUCUAUCCAUUAAAUCCCCACGGCCAUAAGCACAAGCAAGAUGUAUUCUGAGUGGGCCUCUCUUCAAACCAGUAUCCAGAUUGAUACUGGGAAUACCAGUGUUCUGCAGCAUUUCCCUGCUGUUGUUGGUAAAGAUGUGGCGGGAGCAGUGGUCAAACAUCUGGCAAGCAGUCUUAGUCUAGGAGUGACCCAAGGGGAACAAAGCUCUCUGAAUUCAGAUAAGGAAGUGAAAUGGACGAUGGAGGUGAUCUGCUUUGGCAUGACCCUAAACUUCAGUGACAACCAUGAAACCAUCCGUGACUGUGUGAAUGUCUACUGUGAAUGGCUAUCAGCAUUAACCACUCCUAAGAACUGUGUACCAGUCCCAGUCAGGGAACAACCAAACCAUUACUGCCAGAUCAUGUUCAAACACCUGUAUAACUUGUUUGUUCCAAGACCUGCAGCAGUAUUUGACUCGGUGAAGAGACAGACUGUUCUUUGCCACCGUAUAUUACGUCACCUACAGAUGAUUGUCCAAGAAUCCACCAUCUUGACAAGAGAAACUUGGGAGGCCAUAUUAAGACUCCUCCUGGCAAUCAAUGAUACUCUUCUAGCACCACCUAUCAGGAAGGAUGAUAUAGGAGACCAGUUAUGUGAAAGAGUAUUGAGCGUACUGUUUGAAAUCUGGCUACAGUCUUGCCUCAAGUGUUUUCCCUCCCCAUCACUGUGGAAGACGUUUAGAGAUAUGUGUCUGAACUGGCGCCACCAUGAGGUGCUGGUGGUGCAGUGGCACCGCAUCAAUUCACUGCUGACUUCACAUCUGAUACCUGGAAUGUUUGGACCAGAUUUCCCAGAAUUUCAUAUAUCUGAAGAGGACAGGCAACUCAUACCACCCACAACAAGUCCAGACACCAUUACCCAGGCUUGGUUCAGAUUCCUCCAUAUUUUAUCCAACCCUGUGGAACUCAGUAACAUCCAGGUGAUCAGCCAGACCCCCAAAUUUCUGCACAUGGCCCUGGCAAGUGAGGAUGUGAUUGACCCCUCCCACCAUGACUGCCUCAAAGUUUUGCCCCAAAUCUUCUUCAGGGCCAUGAAGGGUAUUGCUGUCUUGGUGGAUGCCUUUAUGGGAAUUGCACCUCCCUGGAGUCAAGAUGAGACCAAUAUAAUGCUUGCAGGAAUACGCCAAACUUAUGUGACACCUGUUCCUGGCUCUUCUACACCACCUAGUCAGAGGAAAAACAGAGGGUUUUCUAUGAGCAGUGGGCAAUAUAGUGUCAAAGGUGCAAUACAAAAAGCCAUGGGGAGCAAGACUCAGCCCCCAGCAACUUUCAUUCCAUCUGACCAAGCAGUUCCUUUCCAGCUGAGCUUAGAUUCCAGGUCACCGUACGCUCCAGCUAGACCUAAAUGCAACAGUCUGCUGCAUUUAUUUGGGGCGUGGUUGUUUGAUGGAGCUUUGGUGGGAGUAAAAUCAUUGGGAAAGAGUGGGCCUCCAUCUCGGCGAACCAGUUUCUUAGAAGCAGAGAACCAGCACACGAGUCCCACACCUGAACACGAGUCCCCGCAGGAGUUCACUGUUACAAAUGAGAUAGGCCGCGCAGAGGCCUGUGGUGCUCUUUGCAAAAUCUUCUGUGCUAAGAAAACUGGUGAGGAUAUUCAGCAGGUGUAUUUGGCAAGAUUUUACACAGCAUUACACUAUGGAUUGGCCACAGAUAAGAACAUGAGUGGCCAAGUUCUGUCUAAUAUUCUGUUUAAUUCCACGGAUGUGUUACGUCUGGAUCUGGUUGGUGUCCUGGUACUGGUGCCAAGAAUACUGCAGGCAGUUGUGUUAGUGCUAAGAGAUCUUAUCAUGCCCUUCAGGUGCCAUGAUCAGAUAUCCAGUGUAGAGCUAAGAAAGGCCUCCAUCCACCUGUUGCUGUCAAUGUUGUGUUUACCACUCCAUUUUAGGAAACUGGAGAUCAAAGCGCUGCAUGACCUCCCAAUGUCAGACAGUAAAACUACAUUCUGGUCACUGAGAGUAAAGCUCAUAGAGACUUUACUGAGGGCUUUGACCAUUGAGACUGACCCAUCAAACACCUUGAUGUUGCUAGGAGGUCUAAUGUUGUCAGUACAGGACUUGUCUAUGUAUGAGGAGGCAGAGCAGGUGACAGUACAAAAGACCCAGGACUUGCUGGGCACACUAUAUGGAACAAUAGGAGAGAGUGGAGAAGAUGCACCCCCCUCUGAGGAACCUGCUAGUGGUGGUGGAGAAGAGGGAGAGACAGUUAAAGCUCCUCAACAACCACCGAAAGAUUAUGAUACUGCAUAUGACCUGUUUGGACAUGCAGCCUCCCUUGUGUGCAAUCGACUCAUGGCAUCAUGGAAGAUGGACCUCAACAUUGCCCUAGCUGCCAUGGAAGUUCUGGCAGGUCUUGCCAAAAUUCGCCUGCACACCCCUAACAUAUUGAUGUGUAAACGCACUGUUAAGUGGAUCUGUGACUUCAUCGUGUACCAGUGCAGCAGGCCUGCACCGGCGCACUCUAGGGACCUGCAUUCAAUGAUUGUUGCCGCCUUCCAGUGUUUAUCCCUAUGGCUGAUAGAACAUCAUUACUUGAUGUUGGAUAAAGAGUGUUUACAUUAUGUGCUUGAAGUAGUGGAAUUAGGCCUGUCAGGGAGCAAGUCACAGCCUAGAGCUGAUGAACCAACAAAAGGUGUACAUUUUGGUACUCCUCAGAACCGUGCCAGUGACCCUCCAAAAUUAAAACACGAGAAGACCCCCAUGCCUGCCUCGGCUAGGGUGCAAACAGCAGCAGAGUCCGUACUUAAUACAAUCAUUGGACUUGUGGGUGCCUACCCUCUCCCCUGUGGCCCAGAGGCCUUGUGUUCUCUGCUGGAUGAAGAUGCCUUGCUCAAGUAUUGCAGAGGUGGUGGGCUGCCAGAAGACACCACAACCUUUAAAUAUUUUGUACUUGAAAAUUCCAUCAUUGUUGGAUUACUAGAGCAGCCAUUGGGGAAUGAGCAAGAUCCUCUGCCUACAGUGACAGCCCUGAUCAGGGGACCAUUUGGUCGCCAUGCGUGGGCCAUGCAGUUGCGCCAUGCACCACGAUCUCAGAAGUUUACAUCCAGAUCUUUACUGUCGGACCCCAAGUAUCCUCAGCCUGUUGAGCAGACGUGUCCCCACCCCACUGUCACUCCUCGGUACUUCCCAGAGAGUGUGGAUGACAUACCUGGAUGCUUAGUUGACCAGAGUAUCCCCAGCAUGGAGUCUAUUGUAAAGGACCCUAAACAUGAUGCUGACCACCUGAAAAUGCUGGAUUUUAUAUCCAGCCAGAGGGCCCUAGAAAAUAAUGUAGGGUUUGUGGCAGAACAUAAAAAGAAGAACCAGCCUUUUCCAAAUACUGAGACCAUAUGUAAACCACCAAGCAUAUGUCAGGAUUUCCAAACAGCUCGAAUGUUCUUGUCUCAUUAUGGCUUCCUAUCUCUUGAGGCUCUAAAGGAACCAGGUACCCCUACUUUGGCCCCUCCUCUGGUCAUGCUGGACUCCAGUGAUCCUGGGCUGAGUGUCAGCUUGGGGGCUCUGGAUGAUAUCUCCACACGGACCUGGGACACAGCAUAUCUCUUCUAUGUCAAAGCUGGACAGAAACGGAUGCAGGACAUUGUAUCUAAUGUAAGCCAUCGUUCACUGGUGCAGCCUCAUUUCAUAGAAUUCUUGGAAUCUCUGGGGUGGCCGGUGAAUGUGAGAAAACAUACAGGCUGGACUGGUCAUGUGUCCAGCAGCUGGAAGAUAACGGACAAUGGUCAAGAUCACAGCAGUGAUACUCUGUCUGGUGAAGUAUUUACCCCUGCCUCUGACACUGGUGGUAGUGUGUAUGAUGGACAUCAGAAAGUGCUGUACUGGGCAGAUGCUGCUGCUGAGAUUGCAUUUGUUGUGCCGUCUCAUCAAACACAAUCAGUAAGGAGAGGCAUCAGCACAGAUUGUGAAACAGCUGACAAUGUGCUUUUGGCUGGAGGGGUCAGUGCCCAGGGUAGACAUGCACCAAGACUGACAGUGGACCAAAAAUCCAGCAGUAUGGCCUCCGAAUAUCCAAGCUCGUCAGAGGACUUGUUAGGUUUUGGCAGGGCUCACAGGAGGGGAGGAAUGACAGUGUGGGGACCAGAUGUGAGAAUUCUAGUUGUGUGGCUGGAGAGAUAUGAAGACCAUGCAGAUUUUCCAACAGUUGAAGCCUGUUCCAUGGUCAGCACUGGAAUGGAAACCUUGCAACCAAACAAGCAGAGUGACCUCAAAGAUCAACAUGUCAUCUUCAUCCACGCACUCAAAAGUGGCCUCUUUAGGAUACAUGUCAAAGGAUUGUUAAAACACAGAGCUGGUCCUCUGGUGGAUGGAAUGGUGGUCAGUCGGCGGUCACUAGGAACUCUGGUCAGGCAGACAGCUAUCAACAUUGGAAAGAGGAAAAGACUGGACAGUGAAAUGUAUCAGCCUCCUCAUGUGAGAAGACAUAUGAAAGUUCGGGAAAUAGUCAACAAGUAUCGCACCAAACUUCCAGAACCAGAAUUUUAUACUGCAUUGUUUCAAGAUGGUAUUAAUAGUAAAUAAUUGGAAGUCAGCAGAAGUGAACGCUGUACUUUAAUUGAAUGAUACUGUACAAUGGACUUUAUCGAUCCUGACUGAUCAUGUAUACUAUUUAAACUAUUUAAGAUGAUCAUGAAACUAAUUUCAAAUGUGAGAUUAUGUGAUGAAGAAAAUGCAGAAUACAAUGUAUGUACCAAAUGUGCUGUCACAUUGUGACUGGAAAUGGCUUAGAGCAUUGUAAAAGUGUUAUUUGUAAAUGUGUAACUGUUCUAAUAAAUAAUAUAGUACAUAUGUAUACUACAUAAAAUAUUGUAUAGUGCAUAUGUAUAGUGCACAAGAAGGGAACAUAUAUAGUAAAUGUGUUCUUCUAGUUGCACAUCUGUAUCUCCAUUGAAACUUGGGUCUAAUUGUUGUAAAGUUUCAUCCAAUGAUCCAAUAAAUUGGAUU